AUGGCGCCAGACGCACCUUUUACGUACUUCACUUGUACACUUGGACAAGCAGCAGAGCAGAAUAGGGCGCUACCACGUGACUUCGGGACUGCUACGGAGUUCAUUGACCUUCAAGCUCGACUCCAUCCUGACAAGCCUGCUGUUGGUUUCCCUUUGCCAACUUCUGAGAGUAGAGAAAGUUGGGGCUGCAAUAUCUUUUCCUUCAAGGACUUGCAAAGGGGUUCUGCUGGAGUGGCGAACUCGCUGAGGGAACUGGUGCAAACUAACCGCCCGAUUGAGAGACAAUUUUGUGUGGGUUUAAUAUGUGGGAGUUCAGAGGAUUUCUUAUUCGCAUGGCUUGGAUUGAUGAGGGCUGGGUUUGUUGUGCUGCUCAUUGCGCAACCGGAGGCUAUUGCACAUCUGUGCAAGUCAUGUGAGGUUUCAACGUUAUUUUACGAUCAAGUUUAUCACGACCUCGCUCGCUCAGCAACAAAAGCCUUGCCUGCUUCUCUCGUGGCACACAUCCUCCCAUGGCAACAGUCUAAAACACCACUCACCUGGAUUACCAAGAACACUCCACCGAACCUUAACUAUACGCCUGUAUGCCAGUCAACAUCCGAAUCGACCGCAUACAUCCACCACACCUCCGGUACUUCAACCGGACUCCCAAAGCCCAUCCCUCAAACGCACCAUGCGGCAGUCGGUGUCCUACCCCUCCUCUCCGGGUCGUCUGCCGCAACAUUUACAACUACACCACUUUACCAUGGAGGAAUUGCGGACUGCUUCCGUGCCUGGACAUCCAAUGCACUGAUCUGGCUCUUUCCCUGCAGCAGCGUACCAAUCACAGCACAGAAUAUCAUCUCCUCGCUCUCCGUCGCCCAUCAGACAGCUACUCAAAGUAUAAAUCCCGUUGCUAAAGUAAAGUACUUCUCAAGCGUGCCCUAUGUUCUCCAAAUGAUGGCUGAGGACAAAGGCGGCCUCGCCUGGCUCCAAAAGAUGGAUAUCGUCGGCGUCGGCGGUGCAGCACUCCCUGAUGGCGUAGGCGACACACUCGUUUCCAAUGGAGUAAAUCUUAUCUCCCGCUUUGGCAGCGCAGAAUGUGGAUUCCUACUCUCCUCACGCCGGAAUUACUCCACAGACAAAGACUGGCAAUACCUACGACUCCCGUCCCCAGGUCCGUAUCUCAGAUUCGAGAAACAAGAUGAUGGAUCAGGACUUUCCGAGUUAGUAGUUUUAAAAGGCUGGCCACACAUGGCCAAGACAAACCGCGAAGAUGGAAGUUUUGCAACGAGUGAUUUGUUUGAGCCUCAUGCUGAGAUCCAGGGGGCGUGGAGGUAUCACAGCCGGAGUGAUAGUCAGAUUAUUUUGAUCACGGGGAAGAAGUUUGAUCCAGCGCCAGUGGAGGAUGCGAUUGUUGCUGCUGUAGGGGAGGUUAGGGAUUGCUUUGUGUUUGGCAAUGGGGAACGGGUUCCGGGUGCGUUGAUAAUUUUGAAAGACGAUAUGACUGCUUUGGUGUGGGAAGAGGAGGUCGAGGAGAGAGUUUGGGAAGUGAUUGAAGAGGUAAAUUCCAGGGGUCAGGAUCAUACGAGGAUCUCGAGGGAGAUGAUAGUUUGGAGAAGGGAGGGAAAGUUGGAGAAGAGUAGUAAGGGGACGGUGUUGAGAAGUGCUGCUGAGAAGACUUUCGCGAGUGAUAUCAAGGCAGCCUAUGCUAAGGAUACGAACAGCGUCCCGAUUUCAAACUCCGGAAGCAAGAGUGCGAAGGAGAUUAUCCGGGGAGUGGUAAUUGGUGUUCUUGGGGCGGUAGAAUUGCAAGACCAAGACGAUUUCUAUCAGCAUGGCAUUGAUUCUGCGAGUUGUAUGAGAAUCAGAAACCAGCUGGGGAAGCACUUCCAUGGCAAAGAAAAACCACUUCCCUGGAAUAUUGUGUACGACUGUGGAAAUAUUGAAAGGCUGGCAGAAUUUCUCUGCAGUUGGCAAAGAGGAGAGGAGGUCGACGAAAGUGAGACUAAAGAAAUGCUCGAUUUGGUCGAUCGAUACUCCGUCCUUUGUGAGCCCGCCACGAAGCAUCUAAGUGAGACCUUUUCAAGCUCAAACAACGGGGUAAAGGGAGAAGUCGUGAUUUUGACAGGAGCUACCGGUGCUCUGGGUUCACACAUCCUGUCUCAGCUCCUAGCCAGCCCCUCCGUAACACAAGUCUACUGUCUCGUGAGACCCAAGGACACUGAAACCGCGAGCGAAAGAGUCCUAGCAACUCUGAAACAGCGAUUCCUUCUCGCUCUUUCAAAGUCAUCACUUGAGAAACUUCAAUCCUUGCCUGCAAAGCUCGAAGAAGAGAAUCUUGGUUUCAAGAUGUCUGUUUACGAACAGCUGCGAGAUAGGGUUUCUACUAUCAUUCAUGCUGCAUGGCCAGUAAACUUCUCACUCCCACUCCGAGCUUUCGAACAUUCACUUCAGGGACUUCAAAACUUACUCCAGCUCUCCAACUCCUCAUCGAGAUCACCAAAUUUUGUUUUCUGCUCAAGUACUGCUGCAGUACUUGGUUCGAACCACCCCGGCGUCAUCCCAGAAACAGUUUCCACAUCCCCUGAAGAUUCGGAUACUUUGGGCUACUCGAAGAGCAAAUGGGUCGCUGAAACGAUCUGUUCUCGAGUUGCUGAAUCCUGCAACAAGGAAUCGAGAUUCAAGGUUUUGAGAAUUGGUCAAUUGACUGGCGAUACGGAACACGGCGUUUGGAAUAUGAGUGAAGCAUAUCCGCUUAUGCUCAGCACUCUUAAUGAUCUUGGUUGUCUUCCCAGAAUAAAUGACAAGUUGAGCUGGCUUCCGCUUGAUGUUGCAGCGAACGCUGUUUGUGAGAUUGCUUUGGCCGAUAAGGAAAGAUCUCGGGCUUCGACGAGUAGGAAGUCUAGUGAAGUGUAUAAUGUUGUCAACAAUGACACCACCACUUCUUUCAUGGACCUCCUUGGCUGGCUAAAGGAGAUGAACAAAGAUCCUUUUGAGAUUUUGGAAUCAAGAGAGUGGUCAGAGAGGUUGGAGAAAAUGGAGAGCCAUCCAGCGAAAGCACUGCUUGGACUCUGGCGGCCAGCGUUUGAGGGCAGCGCUCGCGAGGAUCUGGAGCGAGUCGCCACAUUUGACACCACAAACGCUAAGGAGGUGAGCCAAACAAUGAGAGGCGUUCGUCCAGUUGAUGAGAAAUUAUUCGCAAAGAUCUGGAAAUGGGUGGAAGGAGAGAUGGCGAAGAAGACUUGA